GUUUAGGAGAAUCACAUACAUACAAAUCAACAAUUGUCCUGCCCUCACCUAUACUUCACUCACGCAAGUUGUUCCUCGAUUCUCUCCUCCUCGUUCCUCCUCGAAUAGUAUCUCCAUCAUGGUCGUGCUCGCAGCGUCCAUCUGCACGCGAGGCGGCAAACCCCUCCUGUCUCGCCAAUUCAGAGAAAUCCAAAAGUCCAGAGUCGAAGCCCUUCUGGCCUCAUUUCCCAAACUCGCAGACAGUUCCACCCAGCAUACCACGGUCGAGCAGGAGAACGUUCGAUUUGUCUACCAACCUCUAGACGAGCUCUACCUCGUCCUCAUCACCAAUAAACAGUCCAACAUUCUACAAGACAUUGACAGCCUGCACCUCUUCGGACAGGUGGUCACUUCGAUAUGCAAGAAACCCGACGAACGCGAGAUCCUCCGCAAUGCCUUCGAGUUGCUCAGCGCCUUCGACGAACUCGUCACCAUGGGAUACCGGGAGAACUUGUCCCUGAACCAAAUCAAGACCUUCCUCGAAAUGGAGUCGCAUGAAGAGCGCAUCCAAGAGAUCAUUGCAAGGAAUAAAGAGCUAGAGGCCUCCGAAGAGCGUAAACGAAAAGCCAAACAACUCGAGCUCCAGCGGAAAGAAGCAGCCCGCUCUGCUGCGUACGGACGCGGUAUUCCUCCCAAGAUGCCUCAACAACCCACCUACACGCCCCCCACCCAGCCCAACACGUACGACACCUACGAAGCCGAGAAGAACAAGGUCUCGUCCAAAUUCACCGCCUCUCGCGCGACCAAGGGCAUGCAACUGGGCAAGAAGUCCAAGACCUCCAACGCCUUUGCCAAAGUCCAAGAGGAACUCGGCCCUGAGCCCGAGACCUCGUUGGUCGAAGACCUCCCAGACCGCACCCGCCCCUCCACCUCGACCACGACCCAUGACCACACAACGACCUCCACGCACGCCAACCCCGUCGUCAUCUCCAUAUCCGAGACACUCUCCGCCAAACUCUCCCGCGAAGGCGCCCUGCGGUCGUUCGAGGUGAAGGGCGACCUGCAACUCAAGAUUGCCGACCCGGCGCUGACCAAACUCGCCCUGCGGGUUUCGGCGGACGAGGGGCCGCUGAGGGCCCAAUUCCGCACGCACCCCAACGUGGACAAGAACCUCUUCAACACCUCGCGGACGAUCCAACUCAAAGACACGACCAAGCGAUUCCCGUCGAACAACAGCAUCGGCGUACUGCGCUGGCGCGCGACCGCUCCCGCGGACACGCCGGACAUCCUCCCUCUGACGUUCACCGCGUGGGUCAACAAGUCGGACGACACCUACACCAUCACGGUCGAGUACGAGCUGACCAACACGGACAUGACCCUGCGUGAUGUCAGCGUCACGAUCCCUUACUCCUCGUCCGAACCCGCCGUGAGCAGUUUCGACGCCAUGUACCAGGUCACGGGCGACAGCCUGGAGUGGACCAUCGGCACCAUCGACGCGGACAAUGCGAGCGGAAGCUUCGAGUUCGAGGCCCAGGCCGACGACGACGGCGACUUCUUCCCGAUGACGGUGUCGUUUGAGAUGACGAAACCCUUUGUGGAGGUUGAUGUCCUGGCCGCGAGACUGCUCGAGAUGGACGAGGACGUCGACUUUGAAAAGAUCGUCAAGGCCAAUGCCGAUGGGUUCAUGAUUGAAUAAAAACACUGCUCAAGGUAGAGAAAAGGGGGGGGGGAUUUCCUCCAAAAGGGGCGAGGAAAUGCCGCCAUGUGGCUGAUAACUGAGGCAAAUGCGCAUGAUUGUGAGACUUUUUUGGAUUUUUUGAAGUCCCGAGUACUUUUAGAGAUUCAAGAAUAAGAAAAAAGGUCACUCGGGAUACAUACACUCUUACGGUCUAUCGUACGAUUCCGACGAGAGUACUCACUUGUGCGAGUAGGGGCAUCAUGAUCUCGUCACUGCGCUUUCUCCCUUCUCUCUGCUUUACAUUGCUUUGCUUCGCCUUGUGUAUCUGGCUGUACCUACAUACCCCGUAGGAAAUACGAAGCUCGGUUCACUCAGGAUUGUACACGUAAGCCACCACCGACGCACAGAGUCACUCGCGACCAAAGAUCGCAAUUCCAUCAGGUUCCUAUUGUAGGUAAAGAUGUUUAUUUUUUCCCCAAAUGAC